GUCCACGACUCCCGAUCUAUUGGUCAUCUAGCACGACCCCAGAAAUAGCAGGAAAAUGUUCAGAAUAUUGGUACUAUGCUUGAUAUGGCUGUCGACGGUGAGCUCGGAGGCCGGGAUGGACAUGACAAGCGAAUCGCUGCUGGAUAAAAUAUCGGACAUCUCGAUGAAGGUGAAAAGAGAGGCUCACCAGCCUUGCGGACCGGUCUACCCGCAUGUUCCCGCUUUCUCACCGCCGCCCGUUUACGUGAAGCCCUAUGUCCAGCAGACCUACCUGAAAAAGGAGUUGGGCGUCCAGCCCUUGGCUCAUUUCCAGUACUCUCAGCCCUCUUACACCUCCGUGGUGUCGAAACCGGUGAUUUCGUAUGUAAAGCCGGUGACUCCAGUGCUGAAUUACCAAACGCUGCACCAAUCGGCCUCGUAUAUCAAGCCCGCGAUGCCAAUCUACGAGAAACCCAUGCUGCCCUACGCGCCAGUCUACCAGAAGCCGUUGUACUAUGCACCCACGUAUCAGAGUCCCAUGUACCAUGACGUAAUGCCGAAGAUAUUCGUGAAGAAGUACGAGGCCCCCGUCGCGCCUGUCGUCUACCAGAAGCCACUGGUUCACGCACCUAUCCAAUACGCCGCGCCGAAAGUGCUGCAGCUGCCAACGCCGCACGUGUCCUACGUAAAGCCCGUGGUUCACACGCCGCCUGUGUAUGCCCCGCCGCCCGUACAUAAUUCCGUUAUAGUUAAGCCUCAUUGUGUGUAAAUCGAUCGCACGUUAACGCAGAUAUCGACGUACGAGGGGCUUGCCCGAACACACAAGCCCCGAAACGCGUCGAAGGUAAAUGAUUGGCACGCAACACCGCCGACUUCCAUCGAUCCGCACUCUGUGAGCUGAUAGUAAAGUAGAUACGAGAUGCAAAAUUACAGAUCGUAUGUGAAAAAUCGCAAUGGAAAAGUAUAAUCAUUUGUAUUGCGCCACAUCUCUCGAACUUCGCUUAUUAAUAUGAGAAUAUCGGUUACCAAAAUGAAAAAAGAGACGUAUCGUAUCGGAUUCGAUGCAAAAUUAAUGUAAAGUAUGCAAUAAAAUCGUGUCCUUUUCAAUCCAUCAUCAUCGAACUGAUUCCUUACAAAUCAUGCCCCGUAAUUAAUUUUACCUACAAUUGCGACUCGUCAAAGAUCUCUCAGCUCAUACACACGGAACUUGGAUUUUUGUGUGAUCAA